CCGGGCGGCCCAUUUCCUCCUCGGAGCCGGACAGGCGGAGACAAAGCGGCGGCGGUCGGCUUCGGGCUUCGGGGAACUUCCUGCACUCGCCAAGCUCGCCGCAGCUUCCCUGUGGCUUGAGACCUUGUCUCUCUCUCAGCUCAGGACUCUCAUCCUCUCCAGUUUUACUCACUGGGCCUGAGCAAUGGAUUCUAAAACCAAAUGACUGCUGUCCACGCAGGCAACAUAAACUUCAAAUGGGACCCCAAAAGUCUAGAGAUCAGGACUCUGGCAGUUGAAAGACUGUUGGAGCCUCUUGUUACCCAGGUUACAACCCUGGUAAACACCAAUAGCAAGGGGCCCUCUAAUAAGAAGAGAGGUCGUUCUAAGAAGGCCCAUGUUUUGGCUGCAUCUGUUGAACAGGCAACUGAGAAUUUCUUGGAGAAGGGGGAUAAAAUUGCAAAGGAGAGUCAGUUUCUCAAGGAGGAGCUUGUGGCUGCUGUAGAAGAUGUUCGAAAACAAGGUGAUUUGAUGAAGAGUGCUGCUGGAGAGUUUGCAGAUGAUCCCUGCUCCUCUGUGAAGCGUGGCAACAUGGUUCGGGCAGCUCGAGCUUUGCUCUCUGCUGUUACCCGGUUGCUUAUUUUGGCUGACAUGGCAGAUGUCUACAAAUUACUUGUUCAGCUGAAAGUUGUAGAAGAUGGUAUCUUGAAACUGAGGAAUGCUGGCACUGAACAGGACUUGGGAAUACAAUAUAAGGCCCUGAAACCCGAAGUGGAUAAGCUGAACAUUAUGGCAGCCAAAAGACAACAGGAACUGAAAGAUAUGGGCCAUCGUGAUCAGAUGGCUGCAGCCAGAGGAAUCCUGCAGAAAAACAUUCCAAUCCUCUAUACUGCAUCCCAGGCAUGCCUACAGCACCCUGAUGUCGCAGCCUAUAAGGCCAACAGAGACCUGAUAUAUAAGCAGCUGCAGCAGGCGGUCACAGGCAUUUCUAAUGCAGCCCAGGCUACUGCAUCAGAUGAUGCCUCCCAGCACCAGGGUGGAGGAGGAGGAGAACUGGCAUAUGCCCUCAAUAACUUUGAUAAACAAAUCAUUGUGGACCCCUUGAGCUUCAGCGAGGAGCGCUUUAGGCCUUCCCUGGAGGAGCGCCUGGAAAGCAUCAUUAGUGGGGCUGCCCUGAUGGCUGAUUCAUCCUGCACACGUGAUGACCGGCGUGAGAGAAUCGUGGCAGAGUGUAAUGCUGUCCGCCAGGCCUUGCAGGACCUGCUCUCGGAGUACAUGGGCAAUGCUGGACGUAAAGAAAGAAGUGAUGCACUCAAUUCUGCAAUAGAUAAAAUGACCAAGAAGACCAGGGAUUUGCGUAGGCAGCUCCGCAAAGCUGUCAUGGACCAUGUUUCAGAUUCAUUUCUGGAAACCAACGUUCCACUUUUAGUAUUGAUUGAAGCUGCAAAGAAUGGAAAUGAGAAAGAAGUUAAAGAAUAUGCCCAAGUUUUCCGUGAACAUGCCAACAAAUUAAUUGAGGUUGCCAACUUGGCCUGUUCUAUCUCAAACAAUGAAGAAGGUGUAAAGCUUGUUCGAAUGUCUGCAAGCCAGCUAGAAGCCCUCUGUCCUCAGGUUAUCAAUGCUGCAUUGGCUUUAGCAGCAAAACCACAGAGUAAACUGGCCCAAGAGAACAUGGAUCUUUUUAAAGAACAGUGGGAAAAACAAGUCCGAGUUCUCACAGAUGCUGUCGAUGACAUUACUUCCAUUGAUGACUUCUUGGCUGUCUCAGAGAAUCACAUUUUGGAAGACGUGAACAAAUGCGUCAUUGCUCUCCAAGAGAAAGAUGUGGAUGGGCUGGACCGCACAGCUGGUGCAAUUCGAGGCCGGGCUGCUCGGGUCAUUCACGUGGUCACCUCAGAGAUGGACAACUAUGAGCCAGGGGUCUACACAGAGAAGGUGCUGGAAGCCACCAAGCUCCUCUCCAACACAGUCAUGCCACGUUUUACCGAACAAGUGGAAGCGGCCGUGGAAGCCCUCAGCUCGGACCCCGCCCAGCCCAUGGAUGAGAAUGAGUUUAUCGAUGCCUCACGCCUGGUGUACGAUGGCAUCCGGGACAUCAGGAAAGCGGUGUUGAUGAUAAGGACCCCUGAGGAGCUGGAUGACUCGGACUUCGAGACGGAAGACUUCGAUGUCAGAAGCAGGACAAGCGUCCAGACAGAAGACGAUCAGCUGAUAGCUGGCCAGAGUGCCCGGGCGAUCAUGGCUCAGCUUCCCCAGGAGCAAAAAGCAAAGAUUGCAGAACAGGUGGCCAGCUUCCAGGAAGAAAAGAGCAAGCUGGAUGCCGAAGUGUCCAAGUGGGACGACAGUGGUAAUGACAUCAUUGUGCUGGCCAAGCAGAUGUGCAUGAUCAUGAUGGAGAUGACGGACUUUACCCGAGGUAAAGGACCGCUCAAAAACACAUCAGAUGUGAUCAGUGCCGCCAAGAAAAUUGCUGAGGCGGGAUCCCGGAUGGAUAAGCUUGGCCGUACCAUUGCAGACCAUUGCCCAGACUCAGCCUGCAAGCAGGACCUGCUGGCCUACCUGCAGCGCAUCGCCCUCUACUGCCACCAGCUCAACAUCUGCAGCAAAGUCAAGGCUGAGGUGCAGAACCUCGGUGGGGAGCUGGUCGUCUCCGGGGUGGACAGCGCCAUGUCCCUGAUCCAAGCCGCUAAGAACUUGAUGAACGCUGUGGUGCAGACAGUGAAGGCGUCCUACGUGGCCUCCACCAAAUACCAGAAGUCUCAGGGGAUGGCUUCCCUUAACCUCCCUGCCGUGUCGUGGAAGAUGAAGGCGCCUGAGAAAAAGCCCUUGGUGAAGAGAGAGAAACAGGAUGAGACACAGACCAAGAUUAAGAGGGCAUCUCAGAAGAAGCAUGUGAACCCUGUGCAGGCCCUCAGCGAGUUCAAAGCCAUGGACAGCAUCUAAGGCUGCCCCCAGCCCUCAGGGCUCCUAAAGAUAUGUUACUGUUCUUCACUCGUGUAUUUGCUAAAUAGAACACUGAUGUUAGAUUCCAUAGGAAAAUAGAUUUCAGACCUGGCCAAGCUGGUGAAUUUUGCAAAGACAUACUUGUGUUUAAGUCAGUCAAAAGUACUUUUAGAAUUCAGGAUCAUAUAUCUAGCUAUAUUUUUUUUGUAAGCGUAAAAAUUCCAUAACCAAAGAGAAUCCCACAUUAACUUCUUAGCAACACUGUUGACCAAGUUGAGAUGCCUGUCCUCCUAGUGGUGGCAGCUGUAGGGUUUGAGAGAAGGGGGUCUGACUCUACCCUGGUUCAUGGAGAGGGCUUCCACCAGUUCCGGCAGUUUGGCUGGUAUUAAAUGACCAAAGAUGACCCAGAGUAAGCAACCCGGGCAUCUUAGGAGGCCCUGGGAAAAGGAACAUUCCCAGAAAGGUCUUCAGAGGGACAAACUACAUGAAACUGAGUCAAACAUAAAUGUAUCAUGAAGAAAACUGAUUACUCUCUUUAUGACAUGAGAAUUUUAAUGCAUGGUUACAAUAACUAAUGUACUCUGCUGCAGGACAUUAAUAAAGUUGCUUUUUUCAAGCUAGAAUGUUGUGAUGCUGUAAUCAGAACAUGCUUUUUUUCCCUUUCUUCAGCUUCAAAUGCAAAUUCAUCAUUGGGCUCACUUCUAAUAAUUAAUUGCAGUGUUUCCUGCCUUGGGCUUAUGAGAGAAGCCUGACAAAAUAGUGUUUGCUUAGGCAGUAAUUUAGUCUUACCUUAUUUGUGAUUACUAUAGCGAUUACUAUAGCUACAAGGUAUAAUUUUACUUAUUUAAAUUUUAUGAAUUUGAAUGUUUUUUACACUAACUUUUCCCAAUAAAGUCCAAAAUGAAACCAA